AAUUAAUUAAUACUAUUACUCGUACACCUAAUGUAAAUAUUAAUACGUAAUUAUAAAUAUUCCUGUCGUUAAUUUUAUAUAAAUAUUGUAGCAGACGUAAAAUAAUCAUGGCGACGGCUGUAUAUUUGGAACAUUAUUUGGACAGUUUGGAAACUUUACCUUCAGAACUUCAAAGAAAUUUUACUCUAAUGAGAGAUCUCGAUUCAAGAGCCCAAGAAGAGCUAAAGACAAUCGAUCGUCUUGCCAGUGAAUAUCUUAAAAAUGUUAGAAACAUGACUUCAGAACAGAGAGCAGAAAAUAUGGAAAAGAUUCAAAAAAAAUUCAAGAAAGCACAAGAUUAUGGAGAUGAUAAAGUCCAGUUAGCAAUGCAAACAUAUGAAAUGGUAGAUAAACACAUAAGAAGACUCGAUGCUGAUUUAGCUCGAUUCGAAGCCGAACUUAAAGACAAGGCUCUCGGUAUUCAUUCCGAUUCGGACAGCUCUCAUAGAAAGAAAGGACGAAAAGCUGCAGAUAAAAAUGAUAAGAAGAAAGGCCGCGGAAGGGGAGCUUCGGAUGACGACGACGUUCCUAAGUCGGCGAGAAAGAAGUUCAAAGUUCAACCCAUACAGCAAGAUAUUUCUCCUUUGCCAUCUCUAAGCAUUACGCAUCCUUCAGACGUUCUUGAUAUGCCAGUCGAUCCAAAUGAACCAACAUAUUGUCUGUGCCAUCAAGUGUCAUACGGAGAGAUGAUAGGCUGUGAUAAUCCAGAUUGCCCAAUUGAAUGGUUUCAUUUUGCAUGUGUCGGAUUAACCAGCAAACCGAAAGGAAAAUGGUACUGUCCAAAAUGUUCUGCAGAAAGAAAAAAGAAAUAAUGAAACAGCCUUGCAGUUUUAACUAUUUCAUGUUCUUCAGUCACUCUGAGUUAAUUUCGAUAUUUUCUUAAAAAAUUCUUUUUUAAUACAUUUUAAUUGCAAAAUAAUUUGAAUUGUUAUAUUUAUUUUAUAUGGAAUAAAUAUGCAGAAUUUCAUUUUUUUGAUAUUUAUUCCAAAGUUUUCCUAAAGUAAAGUCUGCAAAUUUAGUAUUUGCUUAAGCACUUUUGUAAGAUUGACAGAACAUCGCCUCUGUUAAAAUUUACCCUGCCGUUUUCCUUCAUUAGUUAUGUAAAUAUACAGGAUGAUCAAAUGAAAACGGAACUUACAAGAAGUAGCGUGAGGAGUUUGACGAUACCGUGCAGCGGCUGCGCCAGCUUUUGGCAUCGUCGGUUCUGUUUUGCAGAGUUACAAACUCACUGUGCUAAUUCUCACAAUUUCUACUUUCAUUUGUAUAUGUAUAAGUACAUGAACAUAAUGAAUGCGUAAGCACGAUUUCUACGAUUAGAUUAUUCGAAUCGUGUCUAAAAGUUUGUAAAUAUUUUUGAUAACUUUCAUUUUGCAUUAUAAUUAUCUCAUAGUCAAAAUACAUAAAUUUGUAAAAUCAUAAUGAAGAUUAUAGUGUAUCGUGUAAUCUGGAUAGCAGGUAUAAUGAAGAUUUUCAUUCAAAAAAGAAAAAAAAAAGAUAUUUUAAUGUUAUAAUUUUUAUCUAUGACUUGCACAUAUCAAUACAUGCUCCAAUAUAACAAAAAAAUAUAUAUAUAUUAUCAGAACAAUAUUUUUAAUCUUGUUGUAGAUAUGUAACACUUUGUCAUUAUCACGAAAGUGAUGCUUUUUUCGGCAUUUUUUGUGUUGUCUGUUGAAAUUGUCAGUGAAUAAAUAGAAAAUUUUCGUAUUGUUUAAGAGUGUUUUAAAGAGUACAAAUUAUAGAUUUAAAAUUAGACAUUGAAUUAUUACAUUAACAUGGAAAGUGAUGAUUUAAAUUUUUUUUUGUGCACUAAUUAUUAAUAAAUAGUAAUAAGAACUUUGUAAAAAAAAAAAUAAUUUUGUUAUACUGUGUAUGAGUUGGUUUUCUGCGGAGCCAAAUUUUGUUGGGAAAUAAAUCAGAAUUCUAAGCAUGUUUAUUGUACGAGUACACGGAAAUGUAAUCCGGACACUCAGAUUUCUUGCGGACAGUUUAGUCGUAAGCGUUGUUUUCUCUGUCUCGCUCGUCUAACCCUUCCCAUUGUAUGUUUGCAAACAGCAAAACUAAAAUUAAUUAUAUCGAUUCAGGUUAGAGCACUAGUGUAUCCUAGAGUGCACUAACUGAAUUGAAAUGAAAGUUAGCGCUCAUCGGGGUGAUCUAAAUCAACUCAAUAUGGAGUCAUUCGUAACAGGCAGUAGUUUUAGGAUUGUAAACAAAAAUGGCUUAGUGUGCACCAGGUGCAAUAGUGCUCAAAUAUAAACAAGACAGAUGUGCAGAUGUCUUUUGUGUAAUUCAGCUUUUCUAAAAGCGAGAGAAGCUCCCAUCCUGAAUAUCCGUUACAAGACACAGCUGCCUGCUCCGUGGAACUUGAAUCAAAUCCGAACUAGUCUAAAAUAUUCCAUAUAUUUUUCGGGAUGUCCGUCCAGAUAGGUCUGGCCUCAUCCUUCACUGCCUGGCCAAACCCAUAACAGGCCCUCUUAGUGCCCGUAGAGCAGAAACAGUUAAAAAAAAUAAUAAUAAUAAUUAGAUAUUAAUUAUUACAUAUUUUAGAGAAAUCUAAAAAUCCGGUUCUCAAAAUCACAAUAGCAACACUACUAAUUAUCUAGACAUAUUGAGCAGGAAGUUUUUUCUAACAUACAACCUAUUCAUU